AAACGAGUGAGCAACGACAAAAGAAGAGCGAGGGUGGGAGGGGCAACAAAGAUCUGUCAGAUGAGGCUUGAGACGCUUCUAUUUUCUGUGUGGUCUCCUUUAUUACAGGGCGUUCUGAACGGGCAGCAUCAGUGUGUCUCUUGCGCAUGAUCAGCUGUCUACGCAUCCCUUCUGCCGGGAGUCAACACAUAUCUCAGCAUCUCUCCGCCAGAGACAGAAAGAAAAACACCUCUCCUCCGCUAAUUGAGUCAUCCCCUUCCCACCUCCUUUUUCAUCCUCUCCUCCUCCCUCUCUCCUCCCCCCUGCACAGAGUGUUGUCCCAAACAGCUCAUCUGGGGUGGCACUGAUAAGCCUCUUCUCCUUCCUCCUGGUGUGGUUCUGAUCCGGUUCAGUUCUGAUCUGAGCGUGAGAAUGGUGCGUUUGCUGAUUCUGUUGAGCCUCAGCUCUUUAGCUCUGAGCUACGCUGUCGGCGGGGACGUGUGCAUAACGGGUCAUGACAGUGGGCCAGUGUUUGAGGAGCAGCCCAGCAGUGUGGUUUACCCAGAGGGUCUCAGUAAGGGAACAGUUACUCUCAGCUGCCAGGCUAGAGCCAGCCCUGCUGCUACGUACAGGUGGCAUGUGAAUGGUACGAAUGUCCCGGUAGGGGACCCCCGGUAUACACUGGUAGCCGGUAACCUGGUGAUCAGUGGUCCCCAGUACGGCAGUGACGGAGGCUCCUACCAGUGUCUGGCCAUGAACCGCUGUGGCACCAUACUCAGCCGCGUCGCCAAUCUCAAAUUCGGCUACCUCCAUGACUUCUCUGGGGAAGGGCAGAGCCCAAAGACAGUGUACGAAGGUGCAGGUGCCUUCCUGGCCUGUCAGGCCCCCGCCCACUACCCAGCGCUGUCCUACCGCUGGUUCGUUAACGACUUCCCCAGCUUCGUGAAGCCUGACGGGGGUCGGUGGUUCGUCUCCCAGGUAACGGGCAACCUGUACCUGGCCAAGGCGGAGCCUAACGAUACAGCAAGCUACUUUUGCUUCACCACCAUCGACAUGGACAUCAGUACCAAGAGUACCUUCAGCAAGGCCAACCAGCUCACCGUGCAGCCAGACGCCAAUGCCAGGAGGUCAGCUCCUGCUAUCAAAGUGCGUUUUCCAGCAGAGACCUACGCCCUGGCAGGACACACCACCCAGCUGGAAUGCUUUGCCUACGGAAAUCCUGUCCCAAAGUUGCGUUGGAGGAAGGUGGAUGGUCUGUUGCCGUCUAAGGCCGGGGCCAGUGCAGAGGGACCCAUCCUCACUCUGCCUGAGGUGACCUUCCAUGACGAGGGAGUGUACGAGUGUGAGGCCUACAACUCUGAGGGCCGUGACACACAGCAGGGACGCAUCAACGUGCAAGCCCAGCCAGAGUGGCUGCAGGUGAUGAGUGACUCUGAGGUGGAGAUCAGUUCAGAACUGCACUGGACCUGUGUGGCUGCUGGCAAACCAAGACCCUCCAUACGCUGGUUACGUAAUGGACAGCCCCUUAACACACAGGACCGAGUGGAGGUCAAUGGGGGUCGUCUGAAGGUCAUCAACCUGGCACUGGAGGAUUCUGGGAUGUAUCAGUGUGUGGCUGAAAACAAACACGACACCAUCUACUCCAACGCCGAACUGAGGGUGCAAGUCCAGGCCCCAGACUUCCGCUCCAACCCGGUGAGGAGGUUGGUCCCAGCAGCCCGAGGGGGGCAGGUGAUGUUGGAGUGUCGGCCGCGAGCCGCCCCAAAACCUACCCUGUUCUGGAGCCGUGGCACUGAGCUCCUCACCAACAAUAGCAGGGUGACAGUGACUCCAGAUGGGAUCCUGUGGAUCCACAACAUCAGCAGGGCAGAUGAGGGGAAGUACACCUGUUUUGCUGAGAACUACUUGGGCAAGGCCAACAGCACUGGACACCUGUCAGUUAGAGAUGCCACUAAGAUCACCCUAGCUCCCUCCAACGCUGACAUCAACCAGGAAGAGAACGUCACGCUGCAGUGUCACGCGUCACAUGACCCCACCAUGGACCUCACCUUCACCUGGGCUCAUAAUGGAGCUAUGCUGGACCUGGAGGACCCCGCCGGACCGUACCACCGUGUGGAGGGGAAGGAGACCAUAGGUGAUCUGUUGAUAGUGAGUGGUCAGCUGAGUCAGGCAGGUACAUACAGCUGUACAGCUCAGACCGUGGUGGACAGCGCCUCAGCCUCCGCUAAACUGGUGGUCAGAGGCCCCCCGGGACCUCCUGGUGGUUUAGUGGUGAAGAACGUUGCUGAGACGUCGGCGGAGCUGCGGUGGAGUCGUGGCUAUGACAACCACAGCCCCAUCGGGAAGUAUGUCAUCAUGGGUUGCUCCCCACUGUCAUCCAGAUGGAGGACGAUGAGGACAGACCCAUCUAACAUUGAAGGGAAUGCUGAAUCGGCUCGUGUGGUUGGCCUGUUGCCCUGGAUGGACUAUGAGUUCCAGGUCAUCGCCAGUAACAUCCUGGGUAGUGGAGAGCCUAGCAUGUCCUCUCACACCGUACGCACCCAGCAAGCAGCUCCCACAGUUGCCCCUAGUGGACUAGGUGGAGGAGGAGGAGACCGCAACGAACUCAUCAUCACCUGGACCCCCAUGGCCAGAGAGUACCAGAAUGGAGAUGGCUUUGGCUACAUCCUGGCAUUCCGGAAGCGGAACACUCCGACGUGGGUGGUGGAGCGUGUUUCCAACGUGGAGUCGUCUCGCUACGUGUACUCCAACCAGAGCCUGUCCCCCUACUGCCCGUUUGAGGUGAAGAUCAAAGCCUACAACCGUAAAGGAGAGGGUCCCUUCAGCCAGAUCGCCCUGGUGCACUCUGCAGAGGAGGAGCCCACGGUGGCGCCCUCGAGGAUCAACGCCACGGCUCUGACGGCAUUCGAGAUGCAGGUGUCGUGGGACCCGGUCCAACACCUCAGCGCCAAUGGCAUCCUCAGAGGUUACGAGAUCCGGUACUGGCGUCAGCAUGAGCGGGAGGCAGCUGCAGACCGUGUGCGUACAGCCGGGUUGGAGACAACUGCUCGUGUGGCAGGACUGAGACCCAGCACCCGGUACCAUGUUACCGUGCUGGCCUACAACAGCGCUGGCACAGGACCAGCCUCACCCAAAUCCACUGUCACUACCAGGAGACCACCUCCUAGUCGCCCCCCUGGCAACGUGUUCUGGAAGACUGAUGGCUCAUGGGUAACUGUGAGGUGGGAUCAUGUCAAGGCCCUAGACAACGAAUCAGCUGUACUGGGCUACAAGGUGUUGUAUAAGCAUGAGGGCCAGUCUGCACUGAAGGUUCUGGACAAGGGGAAAACGUCCGUCACCCUGCCCCUACCCAAAGACAAUGGCUAUGUGGUCCUGGAGAUACGCUCCUGGGGGGAGGGAGGAGACGGAGCCGCACACGAGACCAUUGUUUCCCGCGACUCAGGAACUGGAAUGAUGGUGCAGAACCAAGCAAGUUCCCCAUGGUCCAAUCACGCUCCUCUCCUUCUCACCGCCACACUCUCCCUCACUCUUAUUGGCUUACUGGACCUGUGAUCUCCGCCAGUUCCUGGACAUUGUGUCAUAGUCAUGGUGUCAAGCCUAUUGUUCAGAUUCACCUAUCUAUUGUUUUGUUGUGGCGGGGAGGGGAAUUUGAACAGGUGGACAGGGGUGUGUGGUGGGUAAUAUUUUGAAGCAAGGGGGAUGGGGGAAUUAAAAUGAUUAAUGGUUAUUUUAUUCUUCUUUUUAUAAGAACAUCAUACCGGGACAUUUUUUAAGUGUGUGUGUCUAUUGGUUUUAAGGGGGUGGUCAGACUACCUGAUUGUCAAUUACAUUGGUGUCAUUAGAACCAUGCCUUAUGGGGAAACGAGAGGCUUUUGUCCUCCUUCACAGCAGCAGGGCAAUGCGUCACACUCUCCAUGUGUCCUGGCUUCCCCUACUCUGCUAUGAACCCUAAGCUCGAUAGCGUAUUUCAGUCGUGCUUUCUGAAGUCGGUUCAGUUUCGUGUAGUUUAAAAAAUGUAAAAAAUGGUUUUCGAUUUCAAUGUUGUUGUUUUUUUACAAUAAAUGCACUAUGCAUAAUGUGGGUUGAAUGCUGUAAUAACACAGAUUUUUGUUUUUUAAAGCCCCAUGAUGGUAGUGACUACCCAAUACUGCAUAUCACUUAUUAACCAUUCACAUUACUUUAUUAAUAAAAUAUGUCAGUUGUGUAUGUAUACAUUUGUUUUAUUUGAUAACUUUGGACUAGAUUCAAUCAGAUCAAGCAGUAACUGGCAACAGCAGACACCCGUGCGGGUGGAUGUUUUGGAGGUGUCAGAGGUGAAACUGUACUGCAGUCAAAUCGGUGAGCAGCUGCUCUGGCGAUCAUCAUCACGAAGCUACACCCGUAGAAAUAAUUACACUGAAAUUGUAAAAUCAUUCAACUUAAAUAAUAAGGAUUUCCAUCAGACUAAUCAAGGUGUAGAUUACAUCUCACAUUCUAGUGUUCAAAUUUGUAAUCAAGGCUGCAUGUGAUUUCUCUUAUUGUGACUCAUUGCAGCCAAUGGUAAUGUCCACUUUAGGUAUAAUGCCGGGAGCUGCUUGGGGAUUUGACAGCUCUAACACAGUUCUACCUACUACACGGUCAAAACAUCAGUUUUGCGGAUGUUGGCUAAAGCAGAUCUGAUUGGGCCCUUUUUUAUUUUAUUCUAGGUCAUUGUCUUAUCUCUGCUCAUGCAGUUGCAGCCAGCCAGCCUUCUAUCUCUGUGCUCCCCAAUGAGUCAUCCUAUACAUUAUCUGGCUAUAGAGCUGCUGCCUACAUUGUCUGACGAAAUCACUAUUUUAGUAGUUCUUCCAAGUAAAUAAGGCAUACUUUUACGACUGCUGAAUACCAACUAUCAAUCACGUAUUGUCGGGUAGAGAUGCCUCGUGAAGAAACAACUGUUCUCUCGCUCCCUCCCUGCUCUCCCUCUCCGUAUCUGCUCCACAAACUUGACCGGACAAGUAAGCACGCAAUGGAUUAUGGUCAUUAUAGUUAAUUACCACAUUUUCUGCAGUAAACUCUAGAGAAUAUUGGGCUGUUGAAAAGUACAUAUCCCUACUACAUCACAGUUCGCGCUUGAUCUGAUUUCUCUGUAGAGAAACGACGCAUUGAGCUUACAGUAAAAAAAAUGAGAAAUACAUGAAAUUCAAAUAAUUGAACCGACAUCGGUCAAUUAGUUCAUUAAAAAACAAAAAAUAACAUUUUGGUUAAUCGCUUAGCACUAUAUGUCACCCAACUUAACUUCUGUAUGUAGAACAUCAUGUGUACAUACAGAACAGUAGACAUCUCCGGUUCACUCAGACACUGACCAACUCUUUGUCUCUUGAAUAAGAUGAAGGGGGGAUUAAACAGUGAUGUCAUUCAUACAUCUCAUGGUUCUUCAGGAAGUCUACUUCAAAUUGAACUCCCUGUGAAUGAACGCUGGCUUACUUUCUUAUGACACGACUCUUUGUCUCGUCCUAGGAUUUUCUCCCCGUGUGUUUGUUUUUUUUGUUUCAUGUGAUGUCGUUAUGGCGGUGACAGCGUCCGGAUGAAUAACUUCACUCGUCCAAAUGAAUGUUUACCUUUAUGUUUAUGUUGAGAACUCGACUUGAUAAAUAUAUUUAUCAGUUCUUUGUUUACACUUUUUUUUGUGCCUGCAUUGUCUAGAAGAUUCAGACACAAAUGGAAAACAAUUUACGUUCAGUGUUUUUGGGAUGGUUAUGAAACCCAUCUAUGCUGAAGUGUAAGAAUAGUAUUUUGCCAUGGCAAUUGUUGCAAUAAAACGAUGAAAGCGGGUACUGAAGACUGAUCACAAAGUACAGCGUUAUCGUUCACCUCUUACAUAACAUGUCCGGUUGUUCAUUAACUGUUACUAAUCAUGCAACACUUCUGCCAUAAACACUGCCUGUCUGAGGAGAGUUCACAGCAAGGGUACGUCAUCUAACGAACAUGCCGCAUCUGCUAGUUAAUCAUGAAGCCCUUGUGGGAUUGAUUUGGGUGGAAAGCAAGGAUAAUACCCACACACUGUUUAGAUGUUCCCAAUCUUCCCAAAGUUACAAUACUAACAUGUCAACCACUGUCCUUGUCAAGCCUGUUGCCACUGUAUAUUAAAACCAUGGCAGCAUUUGAACAGUGGGUAUUCUUUUUCCAUAUGUGAUACCCCCUUGCACCUGUAAAGUCUGUGGAAUGUGUGUUCUGUAUAAUACCUUGAACUAUUGAUUUGGGGCAUCGUCGAGUAGUUCAAUGGUAAACAGCCAUUUGAACACAGUGUGUCUGUUCUGAAUAUAACUACCGGUAGAUGAGGCUUAGGCAACAGGAAACAAAAUGGCAACUACUGUAUGUUGUCUCUUGUUUUUUUGUUUCAUUUCUGUUGCUCUGAAACAUUCAUAGGCAGGUUGAAGAGUAGCUGUACUGUUCUGCUGCUACAUGAUGUUCUAUGCCGUAGAACAGUGCAAGGUAUCAAGAAGUUUUGUGGCACUUCAGGGUUUGUGGGUCAUCCUGAAUUGUAAUUGUAAGUUCAUGAUUUCGAUACAUCUCAGGAGUGUAGGAAUCAAACAAUACUUUUUAUGGUUUGCAAGCGGUCCGGAGAAGCCAAAAUCAUAUUGUGUUUUGUUAUUUGUAAAAGUCUGGGAGGUGAAAAAGGUUUGUUGAGUAAGUGGUUGGAUGAUGGUUUUUCUGGUGUUUUAUUGUGCCCGCAACUCUCACGUUGCUGUGCCCGCAACUGUAUAGAAGUUAUUAUGAUGUUAUUGACUCUCUUAAACAGACAUCGGUUGAUUGUCAACAUCAGAAUGAGCAAGAUACAAACACACUCUGGACAUGAAACAUGGUGAUGACAAUCUGUUAGUACAGCAACAACACCAGUACAAUCUUAGAAAAAAGGGUUCCGUAAGGGUUCUUCACCUGUCCCCAUAGGAUAACCCUUUUGGGUUCCAAGUAGAACCCUGGAACCAAAAGGGUUCUCCCAGGAAUCAAAAAUAGUUCUUCAAAGGGUUCUCAGAUGGGGACAUUCGAAUUACCCUUUUAGGUUCUAGAUAGCAUUUUUUCCCCCGAAGUGUAUACCCAGAGUGUAUACCCAGAGUGCCCAGUAGUGACAGUAAUAUUGUUUUUAUAAUACAUAGACAUAUUCAGCACCACACUAGUCCCCACCUGGCAGUUUUUAUGUUUAGACCAACGAUGUUGUUUGGAUUUUAGUGUGUGAAGUUACUUAACCCUGUGCCUGACGGUGUUCAGGGUCAUUUUAUAUUGGAUUAUAUUGUUGUGUUUUAUAAACUGUUUUUAUAUGUGGCUCAAUGUACCUUAAAAGAAAGAGGGCAGCUUAAAAACAUGUGAAUAUCCAGAUGUCUUGCAGUGACGACUUACUUGGGGAAACUCAAAUUCACACUUCGUAGUUGAAGACAGUGAAUGGUACUACUGGCUGGCUAUACAAAACUGCAGGACAAGGGAGUCAACUUGACUCUCUUUCAACCUGCCUGUCAAACUGUAGUCAAACGUUGCUGGUGAUAUGAUAUCUCAUUCUCCUCCAUGUAGCAGCAACUGCAGGGUCUAACAGAUGGCCGGUAAUGCUGUAAGCUACUGGAUCACCCAGCUCUGAGCUCACCGUACAGUAUAUCUCAUCUAGCUGUUCAAUAAUGUUCAAGAUAAACUGAUAGAGCCGCCAAUUGGGAAAGCAGCCUAUGUUCCAUCAAGAGCAGGAUAGGAGUUAUUGUAGUAAAGAAAUAUAUAUACACUGGAUCUCACUCAUCAUUGGUCUGUAGAUACUGUGCGGUACUGUACUGCUAGAGUACAGUUGUUAGCACACACUUAGCUCACAAACUCAGAACAAAUGGCCUACUCUCUGGUGGCUAGUGUUAUUCCUUCUUCACUAAGCACUGGUAUAGGCCUGAAAGACACACAAGUACACGUGAUCUGCCCUGGCUUGUUUUCUAACCCAAUGGGAAAUAUUGGAAACACUGCCUUUUUGGUUAUGUACUUAAUGCUAGCUUAUUUGCGUAAUGCUAGCUCAUUUGCUAGCUCAUUUGCGUAUGUGUGUGUGUGAAUGUUUUUGUUAACCCAACGCUUUUCGUAUGCAAAGUUCCCAUCAGCUAAGUACCCAUUAAAAGUAAUUCUCAUCUUACAGCAUCUCUGUAAUACUAAGGUGACAUCUUUUCAAACCCCUGUUCUCUGAAUAUUGUGUCAUUUUCAAGAAGUCUGAUUGGUCGGUUCAAAUCAAACUUCCUGGUGGAAGCUACAAUGGCUAUUGAGGUAUAGCUUGCCCUUAACCACAGAUCUAGGAUCAGAUUACACAACCCCUAAUCAUAACCUGAACCAUAAAGGGAUGAAAACAAAUCUGUCCCUGUAUCAGUGGUUAAGGGCAACCUGUUUUCUAGGAUGUGUUUGUCUGUCAGCUGGCUGGGCUGAAAUGUUGAAAUGUUCUGAUACCAUUGGGCCCUUCUAAAUCUGUGAUUAAAUGGGAAAGUGAAGGGGAGGUAUGGCACUUGUAAAUAUUACUCAAUAAACACCUUGGGAUUGUAUUUAAAUCA